UUGAAGAGAGGCAAAGGCUUUUGGUAACUCUUUCAUGAUUGGAUUCUGGAGCGCAGAAUCAUUGGCUCUUUCUGUUGAGACUCUGAGGUGGUAACUGACUUAAGUGUCUCUUGUUACCAUAUCAGAAACUGAGGUCUUCGAAGCGAGGAUGGGGGUCAUCGUAAGGCUUCUGCUUCUCUUCGUGGCGUUUGUAGGGAUUCGAACUGGCCUUUGCUAUACGGACCCUCAUGAUACUGCUGCACUGCUGUCUCUCAUGAGUGAAUGGCAGAAUACACCACCUAAUUGGGGGCAGUCGAACGAUCCAUGCGGAGUUCCAUGGGAAGGAAUUGUCUGCAACAAUAAAUCAAGAGUGAUAAUGCUGAAACUAUCUACCAUGGGUAUAAAAGGGACAUUAAAUGGGGAUAUUGGGCAGCUUGCCCAGUUGCAAUCCUUGGAUUUGUCCUACAACAAUGAACUUGGUGGUUCACUUACUUCCAACAUCGGUAGCCUGGCGCAACUCACCACCCUAAUUUUAUCAGGCUGCGGUUUCACUGGCAACAUUCCACAAGAACUAGGGAACUUGCCAUUGAUUUCAUUUGUGGCUUUAAACUCAAACAAGUUCAGUGGCAGGAUUCCUCCUUCAAUUGGUAAACUUUCCAAUGUAUACUGGCUCGACAUCGCAGACAAUCAAAUAAGUGGGCCUCUCCCUAUAUCAAAUAGCAAGUCACCAGGCUUGGACCUUCUCCUCAAUGCUAAGCAUUUCCAUUUCAACAAGAACCAGUUAUCGGGUACAAUUCCAGAGAAACUCUUCAGCUCACCAAUGCAACUGAUACAUAUACUUUUCGAUGCAAAUAACUUUGUUGGAGAGAUUCCAACCUCGGUUGGACUUGUUCAAUCGCUUGAAGUUCUGAGAAUGGACAGGAAUUUCCUAAAUGGUGUAGUCCCCUCCAGCAUUAGCAAUCUCACGAGCCUUAACGAACUAAAUUUAGCAAACAACAAACUGUCCGGACCGAUGCCAGACUUAGAAGGAAUGAACAAUCUCAACUAUGUGGAUUUGAGCAACAACACGUUUGAUGCAGCAGAAGCUCCAUUUUGGUUCUCAACAAUAGAAUCUUUAGCCGUUUUAAUGGUAGAAUCUGGAGGGAUUUAUGGGGAUAUCCCUCAAACAUUGUUCAGUAUUACAGGUCUAGAGCAAGUACUACUAAAUGACAAUGCCUUCAACGGCUCCCUCAAUAUGGGCAACAGCAUUAGCUCGAACUUACAGAUUGUCAAUUUUCAGAACAACUCUAUCUCCGAGGUCACGCUAAGCGACUCUUACAAUGAGACCCUAAUACUUGUCGAUAAUCCUGUGUGCAAAGCCCAGCUUGCAAAUACUGUCUACUGCCAACUUCAACAACGGAAACCAACUCCUUAUUCCACAAGUCUUACGAAGUGUAGCUCAAAGGCUUGCCCUCUUGGUCAGAGUAUAAGCCCUCAAAGCUGUGAUUGUGCAUAUCCAUAUGAAGGGGUGCUAAUAUUUAGAGCACCUUUCUUCAGGGAUGUAACAAACAGUUCACUGUUCCAGCAACUUGAGAUGAGCCUUUGGACAAAGCUCAAACUUACUCCAGGAUCGAUCUACCUUGCAAACCCCUUCUUCAACAGUGAUAACUAUCUCCAGGUGCAGGUCAAGCUCUUCCCAUCAAAUGGCAUAUACUUCAACCGAGCAGAGAUUCUAAAAAUAGGAGGUGACCUUAGCAAUCAACUUUUUAAACCACCUGCUGUUUUUGGACCGUACUAUUUCAUUGCAUCUCCCUACCCUUUCCCAGAUGGGAAUGCUAAAGGAAGCUCAAUGAGUAAAGGAGCAAUUGUUGGAAUAACAAUUGGAUGUGUGGUGCUUAUCAUCGGAUUACUAGUUGUUGGGAUUUAUGCUUUCAAACAGAAGAAGAAAGCUGAAAGAGCUAUCCUAUUAAGCAAACCAUUUGCUUCAUGGGGAUCUGGAGGCAAAGAUGCUGGUGGAGCCCCACAGCUCAAAGGAUCAAGAUGGUUUUCCUUUGAGGAACUUAGAAAAAGCACCAACAAUUUUUCAGAGGCAAAUGAAAUUGGAUCCGGAGGCUAUGGAACGGUCUAUAGGGGAUUGCUUCCAAAUGGGCAAAAUGUUGCAAUUAAGAGAGCACAACAAGGAUCCAUGCAAGGUGGACUUGAGUUCAAGACAGAGAUCGAAUUGCUCUCCAGGGUCCAUCACAAAAAUUUAGUAGGCCUUGUAGGUUUUUGCUUCGAGCAAGGAGAGCAGAUGCUUGUAUAUGAAUUCAUCCCAAAUGGAACCCUGAGGGAUAAUUUGACAGGAAAAGACCGUAUACGACUAGAUUGGAAGAGGAGGCUAAGAAUUGCCCUCGGCUCAGCAAGAGGACUUGCCUAUCUUCAUGAACUUGCCGAUCCUCCAAUAAUUCAUAGAGACAUCAAGUCAACUAAUAUCCUUCUUGAUGAAAAUUUAAAUGCCAAGGUUGCUGACUUUGGUCUCUCAAAGCUAGUUGCUGACACCAAUAAAGGGCAUGUUUCUACUCAAGUCAAGGGAACUCUGGGUUAUUUAGAUCCGGAGUAUUACAUGACUCAACAGUUGACAAAUAAAAGUGAUGUCUAUAGCUUUGGUGUCGUCGUGUUGGAGCUGAUAACUUCAAAGCAGCCGAUAGAGAAGGGGAAAUAUAUUGUUCGUGAGGUAAGAAUGGCAAUGGAUAGUAAUGACAAACUGUACUAUGGCCUAAAAGAGAUAAUGGAUCCUACGAUCAGAGAUUCACCAAAUAUUCCAGGUUUCAGAAGAUUUGUAGAGUUGGCAAUGCAGUGUGUAGAAGAGACAGCUUCGGAUAGGCCUUCAAUGAAUGAGGUUGUUAAGGAAAUCGAGAUAAUGCUCCGAAAUGAAGGGUUAUUCUCAAGCUCAAAUUCAAACACAAACUCUACAACUUCAUCAGCAACAGACCUUGGGUAUGCAAAGGGUGCUAUUGAUCUUUAUAGUGAAUCAGUGAUGCCAAAGGAUGACGUUGAUGAUGCAUUUGAGUAAAGUGGCAGGCCAUCAUUUGUACACAAGUCAAGCCAAAAUAGUUUUUCGUAUUUUUUUAUUUUUUUUCAUUCCAAUAUUUGUUGGUAAAUAUUUGUUGAGGUUUUCUGAGAAAUUUGAC